AGCACGUCGGCGGGCAGCGGGACGGGGCGGGGCCGGCGCGCCGGCGCUGGAGCCGGGAGGGGGGGCGGGGGAUUGAUGGUCGCAAGAUGGCGGCGCUGAAGGAGGCUCGGAGCUACGGGCUGUCGUGCGGGCGGGUGAGCGACGGCAGCAAGGUGUCCGUGUUCCACGUGAAGCUCACAGACAGUGCCCUGAAGGCCUUCGAGAGCUACCGCGCCGGCCAGGAUUCUGUGUCACUGAGACCGACGAUCCGAUUUCAAGGAAGCCAAGGGCACAUCUGCAUCCCCCAGCCCGACUGCCCCGCGGAGGUGCGGACCUUCUCCUUCUACCUCUCCAACAUCGGCCGAGACAGCCCGCAGGGCAGCUUCGACUGCAUCCAGCAGUAUGUGUCCAGCCGUGGCGACGUCCACCUGGACUGCCUGGGCAGCAUCCAGGACAAGGUCACGGUGUGCGCCACCGACGACUCCUACCAGAAGGCCCGGGAGAGCAUGGCGCAGGCGGAGGAGGAGACGCGCAGCCGCGGCGCCAUUGUCAUCAAGGCCGGAGGCCGCUACCUGGGCAAGAAGGUCCAGUUCCGCAAACCAGCCCCAGCGGCGGCAGACCCUGUGCCCUCCCGGAAGCGGGCGACCCCCAUCAACCUGGCCAGUGCCAUCCGGAAGAGUGGCGCGAGUGGGGCGGGGCCUGGUGCAGUGUCGCAGCGGCCCUUCCGGGACCGGGUGCUGCACCUCCUGGCGCUGAGGCCCUACCGCAAGGCCGAGCUGCUGCUGCGGCUGCAGAAGGACGGGCUGGCGCAGGCAGACAAGGACGCGCUGGAUGGGCUGCUACAGCAGGUGGCCAACGUGAGCGCCAAGGACGGGACGUGCACGCUGAGGGACUGCAUGUACAAGGACGUGCAGAAGGACUGGCCCGGCUACUCGGAGGGCGACCAGCAGCUGCUGAAGCGCGUGCUCGUGCGGAAGCUGUGUCAGCCGCAGAGCACGGAGCCGGCCGCCUGCAGCCCUCCCGCCGAGCAUGUGCGCCCCGCCUCACCCACCCAGAAGCGGCCGCAGACCUCUGACUUCAUCGACCCCCUGCUCCCCAAGAAGCCCAGGAUCUCACACUUCACCCAGAGAGCCCCGCCCGCCCUCAACGGGAAGCUGAGUGCACCUGACGGCCGGGAGGCCCUGCUGCCCACGCCGGGGCCACUGCCCGGCGCCCUCCUCCCCUCAAGGCUGGAGCCCCCGCGCACCCACGGCCUCCAGGCCAACGCCAGCGGUGACCUGAGCCCCCGCAGUCAGGACUGCACACGCAGGGAGAUGGCCGCGCCGGCCCCUGCUGCUCCCCCCCGUCUCCCCCAGCUGACGAACUGUGCCCAGCCCGACAGGCCCCACGCCCCGCCGCCCCGCCCUGAGCCCGGUGCCCACGGAGAGCCACCCAGCGCCCCGGGCCUGGAUGGAGCCUGCAGCUCUGCUGCCAGCGUGCCCACCUCCACGUCGGAGACACCCGACUACCUGCUCAAGUACGUGGCCAUCUCCUCCUCGGAGCAGCGCCAGCGCUACAGGAGCGACUUCAACGCCGAGUACAGCGAGUACCGGGACCUGCACGUGCGCAUCGAGCAGACCACGCAGCGCUUCACGCAGCUGGAUGCGCAGCUGCGCCAGCUGGCACAGGGCUCCGAGGCGUACGAGACCAUUCGGGGGCAGAUUCUGCAGGAGUACCACAAAAUCAAAAAGACCAACCCCAACUACAGCCAGGAGAAGCAGCGCUGCGAGUACCUGCACAACAAGCUGGCGCACAUCAAGCGGCUCAUCGCCGAGUACGACCAGUUGCAGCUGCAGGCCAGGCCCUAGCGCCCGGGCCGCAGGAGCUGGGCGGAGGCGGCGUGCCGGCCGGGCAGCCGGGCUUGUUGAAAACAAUAAAUGUGGACACGCACACGGCUGCCUGGGGCCCAGCGUCCCGCCACCGCUGAGACUCUGGGGCCGGCCCGCGGCCUUUUCUAGUUUUCUAUACGCUACCGCUGAAGAGACUCGUCUAUUUUUGUACCAGAGAAAGCAGUUUUUCUAAACCUGUGCCUCCCUCUCCUCGGACGCCCAGGUGGGGGUGCCGCCUGCGUCCUUAUGCAGUAUUAGAGCUGUCACCCGCAGGCCUCGCGCAGGAGGCCUUGACGGGGCCUCAGUUUCUCCUCUGCAGCUGCUCUUCGCGCUCCCUCCGGAGGCCGCGAUCCCUACGCCGCUGGCCUCUCCGUUCCUCUGUCCACUCGAAGGUCCCGGGGUCGCCUCAGCUGAGCUGCCGCUGGGUUUGCACUCAGGGAGGGGCUGGGGGCCCCGCGGACCCCCCAGUUGCUGCUUUGUCACUGUGCCUAGUCUCCAGGGUCCCCGCCGCGGGGCAGUGGGUAUGUGCGUGCGCCCGUGGGGCCCUGGGCGCGGGGACGGCCGCGGCUGUUGCUCCAGCCCGCGGGGCUCGGGCGGCUUCCGCGGCUUCCCGGAGCUGGCGCCUGCGCCGUGGGGGCGCCGCCAGCCUCCUUCCUGCGGGAGAGGAGCCGAGCGGCCCUGCCCGGCUGCGGAAGCCCAUCCUCGUGUUUCAAUGGCUGUUUUGUUUCCAUGGGGGCGGGGCGGCUGCGGAGUGCGCUGCGCGACUCCCCUCAGAGGCCACUAAGUCCCCCAGUCUGCCGUCCUUGUCCCGCGGCGUCCGUUGUCCCUGGAGGGACCUUGGCAUCAAGCAAGGGCUCUGCCUCGGGGCGGGGCGGACGCUCCUCGCUCACUGCCGCGGUCUAACUUAUUGAUGCUGUUUUAUUCUCCUUCUGACGCUGUACUGUGGAGAAACCACUUUGAGCCAUGGACUUGGUGUUUACAGAGAAUUUUUCACUUUUGCCAAAUGUUACAAUCGGAAAGUGUCCACAUCUGCAGUUUCCUAAUAUUUUCUUAAGAGACCCAGGGUCCUUUUUGUACACUAAGCAGGUGAAUGCUGAUUUUUUCAUCCUACAAUAAAUUUCACUGAACGAA